AUGUUAGAUAUUGUAUCAAAUGUUGUUGACAAACUAUUUGCCGUUUGGCCGUUUGUCACAGCACUCAACGCCAAGAUGGGGAAAGGUUUCCAAAAUUUUAUGUCCAAAAAGGACUUCCAUCCAAGCGCUUGGUGGAAUUUGAAAAGGGUGUGGGAAGUUCGGCAACAAAAAGCAAUUGAUGACAAACGACAAGAGGAUCUCCGUGUUCAGUAUGAAAAAGAACAAGAAAUGCUCAAUAAUAAAGCUCUCUUGGGAGACGAAAAGGCCAAGAUGGGGUUGUCGUUCAUGUAUGAUGCACCAGCAGGAAUGACAAAAAGAGAAGAACCAAAGGAGGAGCCAAAGUUCGAGUGGCAACGAAAGUAUCACGCGCCUCGUGAAGAAUGGGCUAAGGAUAACGAUCAGAUCCAAGAUCAGCCUUUCGGUAUACAGGUACGCAACGUGCGCUGUUGUAAAUGCCACAAAUGGGGCCACUUGAAUACCGAUAACGAGUGUCCUCUAUUUGGAAUGAGUGGUAAUUUUGAAGAUGCUGGAUAUGCUAAUAAUCCAUCGGAUCUCAUCAAAGAGUUGCGCAAAGAACGUGAAGCAGUUGGUCCUUCGCAUAAAAAAGACGAUCUCAUGAAUCGGAAAGAAUUCAUGGAUCGUACGCAGCUUGCAGAAGAAAUGAAAGAUACCCAUGGUUUGCGCCUGAAAGGAAAUGUUUUGAACGUCAUUCGUGAGGAUCAGGAAGUAAGUACGCUGAAGGCGGAGCCAAGCGAGGCAGACCAGAUGAAGGCCUUCCUGGCUAGCUUGAGCGAUAAGGAGAAGAAGAAACUCAUGAAAAGACGAGAAGCCUCCAGUGAAACUUCAACGGCAAACUUGAACCGAAACGUCGGCGCACCCCAGAACAACGACGUCGGCGACACGAUUCAAGUGAUGCUGAAGAAAGAAGAAAGCGAAAACCUUCUAAAGGAAAAGAAUUCGGAAAGUCGACCAAAGCGCCACUCGAGUAGCGAUACAGAGCGAAGUAAUGCAGGGAAAUCUCCACUGGGAUUGCGCUACAAAAAAGAUGAUAAAGUCGCAAAAGAUAGUAAACGUGAAUAUGCUAAAACUGAUGCUCCUCGUAAAAGAGUGAACAGCACGGAAAGAGAUGGGAGUGGUGGCUCAAGCAAAGGGCGUGAAGUUGCACUGAAGGAAUCUCCUAGAAGGAGGAAAAAAAGCUCAGAUAGCUCCUCAGAUUCAAGCAGCGAUGACUCUUCACAUUCGAAACAGUCUGCACGAAAAAAUAAAUCACCGCCACGAAGACGCCGUCAAGACUCGACUAGUGAUGAAGAGUGUGCAAGUUCCCGCAAAAAGGAGGGACACCAUCGCAAUGAACGAGGAGAAGAAAGUCGAAGGAACGAUCGAGAUGAACGGAAUCGACGGCGACGAGAUUCUCCACGCCGAAGGCACGAUUCUUCCUCACGGUCACCAAGAAAGGAGCGACAGCGUUCGCGUACAAGGUCGAGAUCACCACGUGACAGAAGGCGAUAA